CCGAGCCGAUCCCUUUAAGACGGGAACCGGUUGAUUUGAACGAGAUGAAAAGAUUUCCCUAGACACCCGAGCACCUCAAGCAAUGCCAUUGUGCUUCACUGGGUAUUAGACAACAUCAGAUACCGACAGGGUCUAUAGCAGUGGGGGCAAACCUUGCGUACCAUAAUAGUUGGGGGGUCCACAUGAUGAAAUCCCGAUCAAUAUUGACCAGGUAACAAGCAUGAAGGCAGGCACGAUGGAGCAAGAUGUAGCUCGAUGUCAUACUAACAAAAAGCGGUUUCAGCAAUUCACCGUCAUGUUCAGCUUUUCCCAUGAUGAAGUUGACGGUCAUCAUCAUUGAAAAGAUAUUCAAGGCUAAAAGAUACUCCACUUAGUCUAAGGCCCGAACAUACUUAGAGAGUAGUUUUCUCUCUAGUCCAGAGACGGACCUACUAUAUUUGAAUCAAGACAUUUGCCUUUCUGCUUCUUUAAAACUAAAAGAUUUCCCCCCUCUUAAAUUUGGUUGAUCACUGUCAACUUAUCUCUCAACUUGUUUUCGUCUAUCUAUAUUUUUGAUAUAUCUUGUCUAGGAUCGUUCAAUUCUCCGGUCAUAUCAACCGUUUAACACUUCAAGGUGUAUGAUUAUUGAAUAAGAUUUAAGCGCAUCUGACCUGACUAUCAUAACCUCUUCUGGUCAAACGUUUCAGGCCAGCAUAGCAUAUUCGACCCACAGAUUUAUUGCUCCUACGCAAAUAAGAGAAGCGCGCGCAGUUAACCGCAGUCUCUUGAUCCAAACAACAAACGGGCGAAGCAGUUCCCGUUACCCGAAAGUCAAUCGCUGACUGUUCCUGCCAACUUACUACAAUUUUGUACUACGCUCAUAUCUACUUAAAAUGGCGCCUUCUUCCACCCUCAAACCUUCUGCAGCUGCCAGACCCAGACCUGGAAUCCGCAGACUUUCAAGUAUGACUACCAACGCAGUAGAAGUUUCAAACGGCGGACCGGUCGUCGUUGUUCCAGAAAGAUUAAUGAGAGAACCUUUAUCUAGAGGAACUUCAUACCAAGGUGGAAACUUUGCAGCUUCAUUGGAAAAUGCCAGAAACGAACUUAGUGCUAUGAAUCUUGAGGAAGAGGAAUCUUCUUCGAGUUCCCCAGAUUCACCGGCAACUCCACUCACCCCUGCCGAUGUCCCCACCACUGAUUCUUUUGCUUACGCUUUUGAUAUCGAUGGUGUUCUCAUUCGCGGUGGUAAACCAAUUCCAGAAGCUAUUGAAGCUAUGAGAAUGUUGAAUGGAGAGAAUGAAUAUGGUAUCAGGAUUCCAUACAUCUUCUUGACAAAUGGAGGUGGAAAGACCGAAGCAGAAAGAUGUAUUGAUCUUUCGAGACAACUGGACAUUGAAGUUUCGCCUUCACAGUUCAUUUGCGGCCACACUCCUAUGAGGGAAAUGGUUGAAAAAUAUGAAACUGUUCUUGUAAUUGGAGGUGAGGGUGAAAAAUGCAGGCAAGUCGCCGAAGGUUACGGAUUCCGUGAUGUCAUCACCCCAGGUGAUAUCAUUAAAGACAACGAACAUACCACUCCGUUCCGCAAACUCACGACCGAAGAAUUGAAGAAUUCACGUGGUGGUCGUGAUUAUAGCAAAACUAAAAUCGAAGCUAUAUUCGUCUUCGCCGAUAGUCGUGAUUGGGCUAGCGACGUCCAAAUUAUGCUCGAUCUUGCCAUGUCCAAAGGAGGAUACAUUGGUACCCUCUCCGAAACUUUCGAUGAGGGACCACCAAUCUACUUCUCCCACAGCGAUAUUGUCUGGUCAGCUGCUCACGAAAAUGUUCGUCUUGGUAUGGGCGCUUUACGAAAAAUGACCGAAAUGCUUUUCAGAGACCUCACCAAGGGCAAAGAGUUAGAAACCAUCGCUUUCGGAAAGCCUCAAAUUGGAACCUUUGAAUUUGCUACCAGGUUGUUACAGCAAUGGCGCAAGGACGAACAUCGCUGCAACCGUCCUCCCGAGACUGUUUACUUCGUCGGUGACACUCCAGAGUCCGAUAUCAGAGGUACUAACCAAUUCAACGAGAAGUCUAAGAAUGAUUGGUAUUCGAUCUUGGUACGAACUGGAGUGUACCAAGAGGGAACUGAGCCAGCAUACAAACCUAGAGUGACCGUGAAUACCGUACUGGAUGCAGUCAAACAUGGAAUCGAAAGGGAGUUCCAGAAAAAGAUGGAGGAGAACAACCCAAGAGGAUUGCCACUCAAUAGCUUGGGCGGAUUAAGCCUCGACGGAAAGCCAAAGAUGGCAGGCAUGCCACCCAAGGUUUUGGAGGUUCCCAGUCAGGGUGUUAGCGAGACAGCCACUCCCGAAGCUACCGAUUGAUAGAUUUGCAUUCAUUGCCUGCGAUUGAUCUAUACCUACAUUCAUUAUGCGAAAAAAAAAAGUCUUCUUGGGUUAUUUUUACUGGUGUUAUGAUGGAACAUAAUAUUAUGAUGGAUGGAUUAAAUGGGUAUUGGAUUGAUGGAGUCUUGGACCAAAUGGGGAGGGCGUUCAACGAGACCACAAUAUCCUGAAAGCGAUACAUAAAUUUUCCUUGGGAUAAUUGCAGCAACGAAAGAUAUAAACAAGGCGUGAAUAAAAGAUGAGUAGAAAUGAUAGAAUUUCGAUCAAUAGCGAGAUUAGUUAAUUGAAUACCAUUGU